AUGGGGCUAAAUGCCCCACAAAAUUGGUUCAUUGGGAUCCUGUACAUCGGGAGUGAGUGGGAGAAGGUUUGGUUCAUUGGGAUCCUGUACAUCGGGAGUGAGUGGGAGAAGGUUUUGUUCAUUGGGAUCCUGUACAUUGGGAGUGAGUGGGAGAAAGUUUGGUUCAUUGGGAUCCUGUACAUCGGGAGUGAGUGGGAGAAGGUUUUGUUCAUUGGGAUCCUGUACAUCGGGAGUGAGUGGGAGAAGGUUUUGUUCAUUGGGAUCCUGUACAUUGGGAGUGAGUGGGAGAAGGUUUUGUUCAUUGGGAUCCUGUACAUUGGGAGUGAGUGGGAGAAGGUUUGGUUCAUUGGGAUCCUGUACAUCGGGAGUGAGUGGGAGAACGUUUGGUUCAUUGGGAUCCUGUACAUUGGGAGUGAGUGGGAGAAGGUUUGGUUCAUUGGGAUCCUGUACAUCGGGAGUGAGUGGGAGAAGGUUUUGUUCAUUGGGAUCCUGUACAUCGGGAGUGAGUGGGAGAAGGUUUUGUUCAUUGGGAUCCUGUACAUUGGGAGUGAGUGGGAGAAAGUUUGGUUCAUUGGGAUCCUGUACAUUGGGAGUGAGUGGGAGAAGGUUUGGUUCAUUGGGAUCCUGUACAUUGGGAGUGAGUGGGAGAACGUUUGGUUCAUUGGGAUCCUGUACAUUGGGAGUGAGUGGGAGAAGGUUUGGUUCAUUGGGAUCCUGUACAUUGGGAGUGAGUGGGAGAACGUUUGGUUCAUUGGGAUCCUGUACAUUGGGAGUGAGUGGGAGAACGUUUGGUUCAUUGGGAUCCUGUACAUCGGGAGUGAGUGGGAGAAGGUUUUGUUCAUUGGGAUCCUGUACAUCGGGAGUGAGUGGGAGAAGGUUUGGUUCAUUGGGAUCCUGUACAUUGGGAGUGAGUGGGAGAAAGUUUGGUUCAUUGGGAUCCUGUACAUUGGGAGUGAGUGGGAGAAAGUUUGGUUCAUUGGGAUCCUGUACAUCGGGAGUGAGUGGGAGAAGGUUUGGUUCAUUGGGAUCCUGUACAUCGGGAGUGAGUGGGAGAAGGUUUUGUUCAUUGGGAUCCUGUACAUUGGGAGUGAGUGGGAGAAAGUUUGGUUCAUUGGGAUCCUGUACAUCGGGAGUGAGUGGGAGAAGGUUUUGUUCAUUGGGAUCCUGUACAUCGGGAGUGAGUGGGAGAAGGUUUUGUUCAUUGGGAUCCUGUACAUUGGGAGUGAGUGGGAGAAGGUUUUGUUCAUUGGGAUCCUGUACAUUGGGAGUGAGUGGGAGAAGGUUUGGUUCAUUGGGAUCCUGUACAUCGGGAGUGAGUGGGAGAACGUUUGGUUCAUUGGGAUCCUGUACAUUGGGAGUGAGUGGGAGAAGGUUUGGUUCAUUGGGAUCCUGUACAUUGGGAGUGAGUGGGAGAAGGUUUUGUUCAUUGGGAUCCUGUACAUCGGGAGUGAGUGGGAGAAGGUUUUGUUCAUUGGGAUCCUGUACAUUGGGAGUGAGUGGGAGAAAGUUUGGUUCAUUGGGAUCCUGUACAUUGGGAGUGAGUGGGAGAAGGUUUGGUUCAUUGGGAUCCUGUACAUUGGGAGUGAGUGGGAGAACGUUUGGUUCAUUGGGAUCCUGUACAUUGGGAGUGAGUGGGAGAAGGUUUGGUUCAUUGGGAUCCUGUACAUUGGGAGUGAGUGGGAGAACGUUUGGUUCAUUGGGAUCCUGUACAUUGGGAGUGAGUGGGAGAACGUUUGGUUCAUUGGGAUCCUGUACAUCGGGAGUGAGUGGGAGAAGGUUUUGUUCAUUGGGAUCCUGUACAUCGGGAGUGAGUGGGAGAAGGUUUGGUUCAUUGGGAUCCUGUACAUUGGGAGUGAGUGGGAGAAAGUUUGGUUCAUUGGGAUCCUGUACAUCGGGAGUGAGUGGGAGAAGGUUUGGUUCAUUGGGAUCCUGUACAUUGGGAGUGAGGUUUCCAUUUACAGUUUCUGUGAUGCUUAAUGAUGCUGGGCGAUGUGUGAAUGUUACUGGUUAGGAUGUAAGUGCAGGUUGUAAAGGUUGGUUCAUACAGAAAGUUCAGAACCACUCCAGCUGGUUAUACUGAUCCCAGGGAUUGAGUGUAGACAUCAAGAUGGCAGAUUGAAUUUGGUCUGAUGGUGAAAUGAACUGUUGGGAGUGUGAGAAUGUGGGAUAUUCUGCAGGAAUAUGAGGGAAGAUGGGGAGGGCAA